UUGUCCGUGUCUCUCCGUCGUUGCGCAACCGCACAGUUUCAUAUCGUUUCACUCUCCUUUCUUUUCCCCAAAAAACGAUUUCGCCGUUAUCAAUUGUAUCACUUACCAACGGUUUCAUAGUGUUGAUUUGGUUUGUCAAUUAGAAAAGGAAUCGAUAAGAAAAGAUAAUCUCUUUUUUUUUUUUGUUAAAAUCAGUAACGGAAUCUCGAAUCUAGGGCUUUUAGAUUCCAUGAUUUUAGGGGUUUGAAAAUUGGCAUUGAGAAUGGGUAAUGUUGAGAUUCCCAAUUGGCUAAAGGCCAUGCCUUUAGCACCUGUCUUUAGACCUACAGACACAGAGUUCGCAGAUCCCAUUGCUUACAUAUCUAAGAUAGAGAAAGAAGCUAGUGCCUUUGGGAUCUGUAAGAUCAUCCCUCCUAUACCCAAACCAUCGAGAAAGUAUGUGUUUUGCAACUUGAACAAGUCUCUUUUGAGGUGUCCUGAGUUGGCUUCUGGUGUAGACGUUUCGAAGCUUUGUCUAGAGGAUAGAGCUGUGUUUACUACAAGGCAGCAGGAGUUAGGGCAGGGUAGGAAAAGGAAUAGAGGAGUAGGAGAGGGUGUUAAGCAGGUGUGGCAGAGUGGUGGGGUGUAUACAUUGGAGCAGUUUGAGUCAAAGUCGAAGGCUUUUUAUAAAAGUCAGUUAGGGACGGUUAAGGAAGUGGCGCCGGUUUUGGUUGAGGCGUUGUUUUGGAAAGCGGCUUCUGAGAAGCCUAUGUAUAUAGAGUAUGCUAACGAUGUCCCUGGCUCGGCUUUUGGUGAGCCGGAGGGUCAUUUCAGGCAUUUCCGGCAGAGGAAGAGGAGAGGGAGAGGGUUUUAUCAGAGGAAGGAGGGAACUGAUGGUCAAGAAUCAUUGAAUGAGGUGGCAAAGGCGGCAUCUCUUGCUUCUCCAAGUUUGUUAUCUCAAGAUCCGUCCAAGAAGAAGAAUGUGGAUUGUGUUGAUGAAAUGGAAGGGACUGCAGGGUGGAAGCUUUCCAAUAGUUCGUGGAACCUUCAGAUGAUCGCGCGUUCACCUGGCUCUGUUACACGCUUUAUGCCGGAUGAUAUACCUGGUGUUACAUCUCCCAUGGUUUAUAUUGGUAUGUUGUUUAGCUGGUUUGCUUGGCAUGUUGAGGACCAUGAGCUUCACAGUAUGAAUUAUCUUCACAUUGGCUCACCAAAGACUUGGUACGCUGUCCCUGGUGAUUAUGCGCUCGACUUUGAAGAGGUUAUCCGCAAGAAUUCUUAUGGCAGUAACCUUGAUCAACUUGCUGCUCUCACCCAACUAGGCGAAAAGACAACUCUUGUAUCACCUGAGAUGAUAGUUUCAUCAGACAUUCCCUGCUGUAGGUUGGUACAAAAUCCUGGUGAAUUUGUUGUGACAUUCCCAAGGUCUUAUCAUGUAGGAUUCAGCCACGGUUUUAACUGUGGGGAAGCCGCUAAUUUUGGAACUCCACAGUGGCUCAACGUAGCUAAGGAAGCUGCUGUGCGUCGGGCAGCAAUGAAUUAUCUCCCCAUGUUGUCCCAUCAGCAGCUUCUAUAUCUCUUGACAAUGUCCUUUGUUUCAAGAGUGCCACGAUCGUUGCUACCAGGUGGUCGUAGCUCCCGACUGAGAGAUCGACAGAGAGAAGGAAGGGAGUUCCUUGUGAAAAAAGCUUUUGUAGAAGAUAUAUUGAACGAAAACAAGAAUUUAUCUGUUCUACUUGGAGAACCGGGCUCUCGUUUGGUGAUGUGGGACCCUGAUUUACUUCCACGUCAUAGUGUACUGGCUCUUGCAGCUACUGGGGUUGAUGCUACUUCUACUGUCUCAUGUCCAGCAGAGGCAAAAAGUGAACUUGAGAACGGUCAUUCUGAAACGCAGAAUAAAGAGAACCCUACUCUUUUAGAGGAAUUGAGCUUGUUCAUGGAGAAGCUGAAAGAUGUGUACUACGACGAUGAUGAUGGUCAGCUUAAUGAUUUCCAAAUCGAUUCUGGAACCUUGCCAUGCGUGGCGUGUGGCGUUCUUGGCUUCCCCUUUAUGUCUGUGGUACAGCCUUCUGAAAAUGCGUUAAAUGAUCAGUCCGAGAGACAAGGAGAGAUAGAUGCUCAGGAAAUUACAGAACUGUCAUCAGAAAAGUCUGAUUGUGAAUGGAAUACGUCUUCCAGAUAUAUAAGACCUCGCAUUUUCUGCCUUGAACACACUAUUGAACUUCAGAGACUGCUGCAGUCAAGAGGUGGACUUAAGUUCCUUGUAAUUUGCCAUAAAGACUUUCAAAAAUUUAAGGCGCAUGCGGCUAUUGUGGCAGAGGAAGUGAAAGUCCCUUUCAGAUAUGAUGAUGUUUUGUUAGAGAGUGCGUCUAAAGAAGAGUUGAGUCUAAUUGAUCUUGCAAUUGAAGGUGAAGAAAACAACGAACACGGCGCAGACUGGACCUCAAAACUUGGCAUCAAUUUACGGUACUGUGUUAAAGUGAGGAAAAAUUCACCUAGUAAUAAGAUUCAGCAUGCGCUGUCACUAGGUGGCUUGUUCUCCGACACAAGUCACAUGCUAGAUAUGUCAACUAUGAGAUGGCUACAGCGAAAAUCACGCUCAAAAGCUAAACCAUGCUCUACCUCAGGUUUCACACCUCGUGAACAUAUUGGAGUAAAAGCAGACAGGAAACUAGGGGAGAAAGGAAGAAAAGAUCAGCCAGUACCCGAGAAAGAAGACGGAAGAAAGGAAGAAAAGAUAAUCCAGUACUCGAGAAAGAAAAAGUUGAAUCCCAAUGCCAAGAGGUCACGUCAUGAUAGGGCAGUUCAUUCUGAGAUGAACAAUGAAGUUGGAGACUCUGCUGAUCUAACUACCGUAACCAGAGAGCACCAGGGACACUCUAUGUCCAGUAAUAACAGUGGCCUCGAUUCAGAUAGUCAUGUUGUGGAUGCUUCUACAGUCGAUAAUCAUAAUGGCCCGACAAAGAUGUGUGGUGGGUACGUAUGUAGUAAUGUGCCUGCACGUGAUGCUGAUGAAGCGGCUGAACUGAGCGACCAAGAGUUCAAAGAACCUAGGUCUACUAACGCUAACAUUGAGGAGGAAGAGCAAUCACAGGUCGUGCUACCUACCAAUAGAGAAGCUGUAUCUGAAGAUAUUAUGCACACUGAGCAACAAGAAGAGCAAACACAUUCUUCAGCUCGAUUGGGUUUAGAAGUUCAUGAAACUAACAUUGCCAGUGAGAACAUAGUUGUGGACGUGGUCUGUGAUGAUGAACCUCUGGUAAACAACGGUGAUCAAGCUUCUUCAAAUGACUUGCAAGCUGCAGAUAAUGAAAAUAGCAUGGAGAGCGUGGUUGGAAGCUCAGGAAAUGCCGAGGUUAUCGAGACCCCAAAUUCUUCUAAUAUGGGAGAAGCAAAGAAGAAGCGGAAAAUAGAAUUAGAGACGAAUGAUAACCCAGAGAGUAGCAUUGGUUUCAUAAAGAGUCCUUGUGAAGGGUUGAGGUCAAGGGGUAAGAGGAAAGUGACAUGUGAAGAAACUUCAUUCAAUCCCAACGAAGCGAGCGAUGAAGAGAAGAAACCCACUGCUAAAAGGCUCAAGAAAACUCCAAAUACUGACUCAACGACAACUCAUCACAACCGUUGUUACCUAGAGGGAUGCAAGAUGACAUUUAAGACUAAAGCAGACUUAGCAACUCACAAGAGAAACCGUUGCACACACGAAGGGUGUGGGAAGAAAUUCAGGGCUCACAAAUAUCUGGUGCUUCACCAACGUGUUCACAACGAUGAAAGACCAUUCGUGUGCACUUGGGAAGGGUGUACCAUGAGUUUCAAAUGGCAAUGGGCCAGGACGGAGCAUUUGCGUUUGCACACUGGAGAAAGACCAUACAAAUGCAAGGUGGAUGGGUGUGGACUGUCGUUUAGGUUUGUGUCGGACUAUAGCCGCCACAGACGGAAGACGGGACAUUAUGUGACAUAGAUAGUGGAGAUGCAAAGAUGGUUGGCCAGAGAGAAAGGUGAAAGAACCGCUCUGUGGAAUUGUUGUAAACUUUAGUUCUCGUUGUUGUUUUUUUUUUUUUCUAGUGUUUCAAGACGACACUUGAUGAUGUCUCUCUUUCUGUAGAUCUGACUACUUUUCAUGAAGGUGCCCUCACACUCUCUUGUUUUGCUUUGUUGUUGUUUUAACUAGUCACCAUUGGCUUUUAAAAAUGUUGUUAAUAUGAAUGAAUG